UGCGAACAAUUACGUAACCGGCAUUUGGACGUUUUUUUUCAGCGGGUUUACAAUUUACAAAAUGUUUCACACGAUGGAUAUUAUCAGUGUGAUAGUAUUGGGAUUAGCUGCGAUCAUCCUACCCGGCGAAUCCGGCCCAGCCAACCGUCAAAUGCCGAUCCCCACAUCCACGGGAAAACCGCACGUGGUCAACGUGACCGAGUGCCAUCCGGCGGUCCUGCCGCCCAUCACCAACCCCGGCUUUUGCUCCAAUCUCCUGGAUCUGGAUGCGUUCUGCAUGUUUUUGGAGGUCGCCGAGGCGCCCGAGUGCAGUGUGUUUAUUGGGAAUUACUGCUGCUACCAAUCUCUGCCUCAAGGUAACAAUCUGACCAGCUCGGCCAGCAAAGAGUUUGCACGCUCCAUACGGGUACAACGACUACGGCAACUGCAACAGCGUUCGGCGCCCAUCCAAGCCGCAUCGCCACUGCAUCGAUAACGGCGAAGAACGUCGCACACACGUAACGGGACCGUGGGUGGCUGACCGGGCACAGGCGACAGUAUCAACCCUUUCACCUCAUAUCAGUCUGCAUAACGUUCCCGCCAACGACACCAGCGAAGUACUGUAAUGGUGGUUACAGUAUUACAGCAGCAGUAUUCCACCUGCAAAUUUGCAAUCAAGGCUCAAAGACUGCCAUUGACGAGUGGAUAUUACACUCGACUGUUCCUGUACUA